UCAACAUUUAUAUACAGUUAUGUCUGCGCGUGCAAUGCUAUUGCGUGCAUGGAUAUCUGUUUUAAGUACGAAUUUUUUUAUUCGAUUGAGAAAGUUUUAUUGCCAAAUAUGUGUGGUUUAAACAUUUAAACUGAGACUUACGUUAGUUGGACGUACAUUUAAGAAAAUAUUUUUAACAGUGUUGAUUAAAUAUUUCACAAGGUCGCUUGGAAAGUGGAAUUUUAUUAUCAAAACAUGCGGUCUUGUUCUUCUAUUGUCAAAUUACAAAUCCCAUGCAGUUUUAUAUGUAAUCAAAUCAUUUAAUUUGCUUAUCCGGACGCUUUUGACGUGUAUUUUGUAACAUAAAAUAUUAAGUUUUAAAAUGUGAUAACUACGUUUUUAUUCUUUACAUGUCUGUGAAAAAUUUAAGGUGAGGGAAUAAUAUGUGAAAAAUAUUGAAGUUUGUGUAAAAUUUUGCUGAACAAUUGGGAUUUGACCAAAAUGUCAUCCUCAAUAGCUUUUUUGAAGUUUUGAAGCAUGGUAAAUUAAAUUGUUCAAAACGUAGACGGCUCUGUAUGGAUUUUCAAAUAAUUAUUGUUACUUAAUCCCGUCGCAUUAGUAAAUCAUUAAAAAACGCUAUGAAUAACGCGGUAUUCAAGAAGAUUAGAGUAGGGUUGCUGAGUUUCUUGCACUGGGCGGUGUUCCUCAUUCUUACUGUCGCAUACUUUACACCGGCCUGGCUGAAAGUGCCAUGGGAGGGAACUCUGAAACAGGGAACUCUGAAACAGUCAACGACUGUACAAGCACGUCUUCAAAAUACCAGCUGUUUGAGCAUUGGGUUGGUAUCAAGCUUUUGUGAUGACGUCGUGAAACAAUACAUCAAUGACGAUUUACACUAUAACCUAGAUCAGGUCUUGAGGGUUGCGUUCAUAUUGAUGACGGUGGCCAUUUCCGCUCAUUACGUCAUCACCGCGAUGACGGUGGCGGCAGUGACGUUCAACCUACAGACACACUCCGUGUUCAUGGCCUUCCUCUCGGUCGCUGCCGCCGUAAUCUAUCCCAUUUUAGCAACCCUGGUUCUCGUAGCGUCCAUUUACGUAGAAACCUCGUUUCCAACCUGGGUGGGAUACUCCGCCAUCUUGAGCAACGUCGCCGGAGGGGUAAUGGCUGUGAUGUACAUUGCGCUUCUUACUUAUGAAUACGUGUACAAUCGAAGCAGACGGCUUUCUGAGAACGAGGGAAGUGGGUACCAGAAAAGUAACAGAAAGACACAAAUUCGAAACAACGCACAAGACAAUGAAGAUUUCAAACUAAGGAAACAUAACCAAACGACUUCGUUUCCGGGUGCUUUCAAAUUACAGACAACACGUUCCCACGAAAACCGAAACAGACGAGUGUAAAUUGUAAUCAGUUUGUGUACUUAUACGCACACACAUGUAAAGGAAUAGUAUUCAAAUGUAUUUAUCGUCGUAUAAUUUGGUUAUGAUGUGGAACACAAAUUAAUGAGCUUGUUAAGAUGUUCGUACUUUAGACAAAUGUCAUCAAAUACUCUAUUAGUAUAACACAUUUUUGCUCAGGUAUGGAUAAAAAACGUUACAAACUAUGUUUCCGAUUUUGAUAUGUGAUUUUCUAUAAGGAUUUUUUCUUAAACAUGAGAGUUAUGUUGCGUGUUUACAUAGAAUGCAUACAUUCCUUUUUUGAAUCCAUGACAAUAUUUUACCAUAGUUAUUGCAAAAUUGUGAACUAGUCCCUUUAAACAAAGAUGGUGUUAUUGUGGGUGGAACAAUACUGGCAAAACAGAACGAUAGUUAAAUACUGAUAAGAAUUGAUCUUACAAAGAUUUCCGGGGUCUUAGCGAUUGAAAGAACAAUAUUUUACUUUGUGGCGUUCAUGAUUCGGACGUCGCGACUAAUGUUUGGUGUUUUUACUGAGAAUUAUAAUCAAAGAUUUAUCAUACAGUCCUACUCGGUUACUCCUUUCUCCAUAGAUUCCACAAGAUCAGGUCUAAUCUAUUUAACUGUUCAGGGGUCAUUAUCAAGGUGGGGUGAAGCGCUGAUCACUGUUGGAAGUAAUAUCAUUAGGGGAUUUAUUGGCCAUAUCUAAUUCCAAGAGAUUGCUGUAGAAUGCUGAUAAUUCAGAGGGUUUAAACAUCGCUCACACACUAAAUGAAUAAUUUGAUUGUAGAAAAAUACAGGGGAAUGCAUUUUAGUAGGUAUCAAAGAGAUAAUAACAAGAAUUCUAUAAAGUUUAUGUGGCAUAUUAUUUAUGCUAUCUCAACUUGUUUAUAUGGAAAUUAAUAGAUGUACAUUGAAAAAGUAAGGAAUAUCCAAUUGUUUACUUCUGAAUAAUGUGAUAUGUGUAAUGGAAAAUAUCUUCAUUAUAAUUUUAUAUAACAUAAUUAUAAUUAUGCUCUGAGAUCAUUACAUACUCUUCGCAUUUAUAUACUUUCCAUUGCAUAGCUUAAUUAGCAUUAAUUAAUAUGUUGUUAAAUUCAAUAAUAAACUAUGUACAUGUUC